AUGGACCGCGCAAAUGGGGGCGGGCCCGGCGCGGCUGCAGCUACCAGCAGGGCAGAGCGCUUCGAGGAUGAGAAGCGCCGUAUGAUCGAGAGCUGCUUCAAUAAGAAGGAUGUCGAUGGUUCCCUUCUUGAAACCUACAUCACCCAUAUCCGCAUCACCGAAUACGCUGCCUAUCCUACGACCCCUCCUCCACCCCAGGCGCGGACUGGCGAAGGACAGAAACCUCGAAUAAUUAUCGUAGCUGUGCGCAAGUCCGGCCGAGUGCGCCUACACAAAUCCAAAGAGAACUCAAAUGGAACGUUUUCAAUCGGCAAGACAUGGAACCUUGACGAUCUCACCCGCAUAGAAUCCUAUACUGGCCCCGAGACAAGCCCCAAUUAUCGCGACUGGGCUGGCGACACCGGCUUCCAGGUCACACUCGGCAAGCCCUACUUCUGGCAUGCCCAGACGGAUAAAGAGAAGAAGUUCUUCAUCGCAAGUCUGAUCAAGAUCUAUGGAAAAUAUACGGGCGGAAAGACGCCGGAGCUUGCAGGGUUUGAGCAAAAGGAGUAUGAACAAGUCAUGGGAGCUACAAGACGACCAGCUACCGGUGGUUCAAGGCCGCCGCCACCUGCGUUGCCUGAACAAGCCACGGUUCAGACAGCAAACGCCCCUCGUCCUAUUCAUCCAAUGCACCCUUCGCAUCAAGGACAACAAGGUCACCAAGGAUCUCAGGGACACCAAGCUGCUGGUCCUCAAGAUGUACCACAGUUUAGGACGCCACCUGUUCGCCCAGCACACCCAAACCUUGGCCCUUCGCCCGUUGGAAGCUUUGACUCAAGUGCUUCUAGAGAAAGACCGCCUGCACCUCGAUGGAUGGCUCAGAGCAACAAGAGCCAGGAUUCAGUUGCUACGUCUUUCAGAAGUGAUGAUGGAUCUAGCUUACCACCUCGCUCUCGUAACGGCGUAGGCGGACAAGGAGCAUACGGGAGAUUCGGAGAGGCCCUUGAUCGAACACCAGCCGUCCUUACGCCCCCUCAACCUCCAUCUCAAUCUCAAUCUUCUCCUAAAUUGCAGCCACCAGCUAUUCUCUCACCCCCACAACCGCCGCAACCCGUCCCCUCACCUCUUCAACUAGAUAGACCGCCUCCUGAAAGACGUCGACCACCCAUGGAUCCAACUCGUCCUCAUGAUCGAGACUUGGUGCCCCCACCACUGAUUAGUCCUGGAAAUAAGGAGCCAAUGGCUCCUCCGCCACGCAGCAGUGAGCGUGUUGUGCCAAGAAUGGACAAUGCAAGUCAAAAGUCUUCAACCAAUUCGUUCACCGGUAGCACCUACGAACGAGAUAAUCCGCCGCCCACAGGAAGAUUGCCAGACCCACCAAAGCGCGAGCCACUUCCUAUACCAGCAUCUCUAAUGCCAGGGUCACCACCUAAGCAGCCGCCUUCAUAUAACUCCAAUUCUGCGGCAGCUCAGCCGCUAACCAACAAGCCAAGUUAUACUCAAAGUCCGGGUCAACCUUAUGGAUCUAUUCCUGCACCAGCUCGUAUGAAUAGCCCAGGGCCGGGCCGUAUGAAUAGUCCAGGACCGGGCCGUAUGAAUAGUCCAGGACCGGCUCGAAUGAAUAGCCCAGGACCGACUCGAAUACCUAGCCCUGCACCAGCACCAGCUCCAGCCCGUGGUCCCAGCCCUUCAGCAGCCCACACACCCAGCCCUGCACUGGCUCUCUCCCCAGGUUCAGGGGCAGGCUCUUCAGAUGUCUCGCCGAUGACAGUAAGCGUGCCCAGGUUUGCAAGCAUGCAACAACCACCUCCUGAGCUACCUAGUCAAGAGCCAUCACAACCAGUAGAUGAGCCAUCACCAGGAGAACGCCCGGCAGAACAUUCUGAUGUUGACUCCAACCCCUCGCCCGGUGACUCAAGCGAUGUGUCUAAGCCUGGCCUGGGUUCUAUGAUAAAAGUCAAGAAAUCCAGAAAUGAGAUAGCGGGCGCGUUUUGGAAGGCUGCCUCUGCAGCAAAUGCCGCGACUGCAUUUAAACCCAGACCCGGUGGUGCUGGAGAACGCCUGCGUCUGUUGAAGGGCAAACCAGAAGAGGGCCCUGAUGGAAUCAGCGGAGUUGUCCCUGCGCCUCCCAAGCUGAUUUCAAGAGACACUGAUACACCUUCCGAACAACCCACGCCUGAAGAGACGCCCAAGGCUGAAGAGGAACUUAAGAAACUGGAGCAACCCAAACCCGCAGAGCAGCCCAAGUCUUCGAACCGCAAUUCCCUUAUUCCUGAAGUCAAGAUCAGCGUCCCAACAAGUAGGCCUGCCAGCUCGUAUGGUCCGCCGCAGGAAGUUCAAAAGCCAGCUGAGCCUGAAAAGAAAGAGACUCGUCGCUCCAUCAACGCCGGGAAUGAUAUGAAAUAUCUUCAAAGCCUGGGAAUCAACCCUUCCAUUCUCGACGAAAGGAGCGAGGAGUUUGCUCAAUGGCUCGAUUACUUUGGAUGGAUCCCAGGAGAUCAAAUGCGAACGCGCAAUGUUGAAGAUAUGAGAGCUGACCUGGAGCGUGAGCUCAACAAAGCUCAAGCUGGUGGUUGGCUGGCUCGUUUCCGCGAGGAAGACGAGCGUGUCGAUGCAAUUAAAGCAGGACUCGAUGUUGCCAUGGCCGAGUGUGAGGAACUGGACAAUUUGCUCACACUCUACUCAGUCGAGCUUUCGACCCUGUCAGAGGACAUUGCCUAUAUCGAAGCUCAAGGUCAAGGUCUUCAAGUGCAAACCGCGAACCAAAAGCUACUCAAGAAAGAACUCGAAUCCUUGCUUGAGACUUGUGCUAUUACAUCAAACGAGCUUGAAGUACUCCGAUCCGCGCCCUUGGACGACAUGCGUGGCCUGCAGGAUGUUGAGUCUUCUCUUGUGACACUCUACAAGGCAAUGAUCAAGAUCGACCCGACUCGCAGCGGAGCUGAUCAGGAGAAGGUGGACGUCACGGUGGAGACAAACCAAAGCCAUGGCCUCAACCCCGACUUCAAACAGAUGCGCAUUGUUCAGGAGAAGAAGCUGGUUUACGAUCAGGAAAGUGCCAUGUUCAUUGGCAGAUUUGUCGCUUUCAUGUCACGACAAUUUGACCAAGCCUUUACAGAGACAAAACUUGCUAUGGAAGGAGCCUUAUCAAGAAAGGUUGACUCGACACAUCACGAUCUCGGUCGUGAUACUCUCUGGCAAUUUAGUCCUCUCAUGCUGUAUGCUCGAGAUAUGCACAUCGAUGAGUGGAACCAAGUUAUACAGAUUUACCAAGACAAGAGUCAGCCAGUAUAUCGUGUCGAGUUUCAGGCUGUGGUUGCAGCAUGGCGUAGGAAUGCCAGGAAGCUGAACGGAGACGAGGCCGACCUCCUAUUCUCAACACAGGCCGAGAAGCAACAAGAAGGAGGCGUGGCGACAACUGCCAGGAAGUUGACGGUCAAGCGUAGCGGGACUUUGGCCAGGGCCCUCCGCUCCCCUCGUGAAGACGGUGGACACAAGGCCAAGGUUGAGAAGACAACAACUGACAGCAGAGACUUUCCUUACGAGGUUUUUGGGGGAGUGUUGGAUGAUCUGCUUCCUCUGAUGCAGAUGGAACAAAACUUCAUCGUCGAUUUCUUCCAUGCAACAACGCUUGAGCAGAUCGAUUUCCCCGAUGCGGUCGCCACAACACUGCCCGAUGACAGAGGAGGUACUGAUCUAAAAAGACCCCGACUGAUGGAACCGGACCGGGAGCUAGCCAGGCGCAUUUUACGCGCGAUGGAAGUCAUCUUUACGUUCUUGGAGGGAGAACUGCUCCGCCUCAUGGAGUGGGUUGUUGGGCAAGAUCCGCUACAGGGCAUUGGUGUCCUCGCGACUUUGGAAAAGCAUACCGUUGAAGUUAGUCAAUCCAACCAAGAGUAUCUUCAUACUCUCCUGCAAAAACUUCAUGGGCAUUUGGAGGUGCGGUUCAAAAAAUUCGUUGACGAGCAGCUUCGGGCCAUCGAAGAAACAAAGGUCAAGAUUAGCAAGCGAAAGGGUGUCAUCUCCUUCAUCCGCAUCUUCCCUCACUUCUCGUCUGCUGUGGAGAAUAUGUUGAACGGCGUUGAUUCCACGCUAGCAGCUCGAAGUACUAUUGAUCGCGAGUAUGACCGAAUACUUAAGACCAUGUUUGACUCGCUUAUGGUUAUUGCGCGAGAAAAUCCCGCUGUCAGCGUGACAAGCGGUUCUGCAGACCCAGAGGACAAGGAAGCUCUCAACUUCCAUAUCUUGUUGAUUGAAAACAUGAACCAUUUCAUUGAAGAGACGGAUACACGGGGACUGGAUGUACUUGAUGAAUGGAGGGAUAAGGCCAUCACGGCAUACCAAGAGCAUAUGGAACUGUAUCUCAAUGCAGUCAUGCGACGACCACUUGGCAAGGUUCUGGAGCACCUUGAGAAUAUGGAAGCCCAGUUACAAACGGGCAAAUCGCCCGCAUCAAUUGCUGCGCAGCCUUCUAACAGCAAGACGGUUUUCAACAAGGUUCUGGGCAACUACGAUUCCAAGGAAAUCCGCAAGGGCAUUGAAGCGCUACGGAAGCGUGUUGAGAAGCACUUUGGUGAUGCCGAUGACCCAGCCCUGAGCCGGGGAUUGGUGAUUAAGGUGUUGGCAGAGUGCGAAAGUUUCUACGAAAGGGUCGAGAGACGAGUUGGCGAUGUGACGACCGAUGUAUAUGGUGGAGAUGUCCUUUUUGAGUGGCCAAGGGCUGACGUCAAGGCUGCUUUCCGUUAA